GUGACGGUGACAGUUCCUCAUGACGUCAUCAAUCGGGACAACAUCCCUCGUUCCAAGGAUGCAAGUUGUACUUGAACUAAAUAUUGUUAAUCGUUCAGCAAAUUGUCCGAACAAAUUCGUUACGAAAAAUAUCGAGAAUAACGUCGUAAUAUUAAAAAUGCGUGUACUGUGAUUAUUCGCGUCGAGAAAAGUAACACUUCAGCGAAUAUUAAACAUCCCGUGUAGAUACGCAACAAGCGUUGAUGCACGAGAUACGCAUCGAUUUUGCCGGGAAAACAUGAGUGAUAGAAAUAAAAAAGUGGUGAAUGUAAAUCUUAUGGAUGGUAGUGCAUUUCGAAUUGAAUGUCAAUCAUUGUAUGCGACAGAUGUACGACGAAAAGCAAAGGACAUGGCACACCUGUAGAUACGAAAUGCCGGACUAGUGGAAGUUGAAGAGUAGAAAAUAAAUAAUCAGAAAGCAGUAGAAGAUAGAAAAAGAAUUGAGCCAUACGUAGUGACUACAUCAUACAGGAAUAUAUAAGGAUAAUGAGUCACGCUCAGCAGCAUGUACUUGCAAGUGCAAUAGUUCUUUCUCUGAUAGUGGUCUUUGGCAUCCAUGUCUUCCUGUUUCCCAUGUACACAUCCAACCCACCAGCCCGCCAUAUAAGGAUUUCAACAUAUGAACAAGCUCUUUGUCGCACUACCUUAAAGAAUAUCAGAAUACCACCAGAGUGGAGGAAUCCUUGUCCCAAGUUUGGAAUAGUUUCUGCAGUUCAAGGUGGUAGGCUUGGGAAUCAGAUCUGGGAAUAUGUAUCGGUGUGGGCUACUGCAAGAAGGACCGGCUUGGAACCAUUUAUGCCACGAUGCAUAUUAAAAACUCUUGAAGAAUACUUUGAAAAUCUCAGUAUUCCACCACUCAGUUACAUUGGAAGAUGUAACUUAGAUGUUAGUCAAGUUGUUAAUUCUCUUGGACAAUGGAACAGUACAGAACAGAAUAUCAUUAUACCAAGACAUGCAGCCUAUUGGUCUCUUAUUCUGGUGUGGUUGGAUGAUGUACGAAGAGAAUUUACAUUCAAGCCAAAUUUAAGAGCUUAUGCAGAAAAAGUAUUGAAAGAGGUGGCAGAGGAAUUUAAUUUGUCUGAACCAACAUUUGUAAGCAUACAUAUACGAAGAACAGAUUAUGUGGAUUACUUAUGGCAAAAAUUAAAGAUUAGACCUGCACCAGUCAGCUAUUAUUUCGCGGCAAUGGAUUACUUUAUUGGCAAGUAUCGUAAUGUAGUUUUUGUAGUAACUAGCGAUAAUAUAGUUUGGUGCAAGUAUAAUUUGAAUAGUAAAAGACAUAGAAUCAAAUUCGUGUCUGAUAUGAAUGCAAGAGGUCCAGGCAAAGAUCUUGCAGUUUUAUCAGCAUGUAAUCACAGUAUUAUAGAUUAUGGUACAUACGGUUCGUUUGGCGCAAUUCUAGCUGCUGGUGAAACCGUUGUAUAUAAUGUAACGACAUACUUUUCUACAUUAAUUGCUGAAGUUUUGCCAAACUGGAAGAUAAUGAGUUGAACAAAAAUCAAAAAUUAUCCUAUGGAUCUCAAAUUAAAACUAAUCAUGUACAAAUAUUUUAUUGAAAAUACUUUUUAUACAAAGUUAUUUCGUUCAAUUUUAUAAUGCGAAGAUUAUAUUAUCUAUAUUUCUUUCAAAAUUAAAAUUGCUACAAAAUUUUCUAUAACAUUUUUUUAUUAGCACGAACGUUUUGCUUAUUGCUUACAAUUCCUUAGAAGAGCGUUUUUCUUAAAUAUAACAUCCAACAUUUUUAUUUAUUAUUCCAAUAUAGUAAAAAAGCAGCAUAUAGAUAUUUAUCACAAAAGGCAAAGUUUGUCAUUAAAAGGUUUAUUGCAUACUCAUAUCUUUUCAACAAUUUCUAAAAACCCAAAUGAAAGUGUAGCGUUAUAUUUUACAAAAUUUUUAUCAAAAUAGUAUAACUAUAACGCUGGCAAAUUAUAUAUUUAGAAACAGUAUGCAUAGUUUUCCACUUAAUUAUGGCACUAUGGAAUGAAAAUGUUAGCAAUCCAUGCACCUUUAAUAGUAGUAUACUUUGAAGAAUAUAUAAGAAUCUAAUAUACAUAGAAGAGGGAUAUAUACAUACAAUGGAACAAUGGACCACUAAUGUCUAAAAUUAAAACAGAUGCUUAUUUUUUUUACUAUCUAUGAUUCAUGCGGCUCUGAGAAAUUAAAUAGAUUCAAUAUUCUUUUGACACGAUGAACCAAUGAACUGAGACUAAUCUAAAAAUCUGCAAGAAGACUUUACGGUGGUCGAAUUUAAGCAAUGAAAUUAUUGGGUGUCUAUACUAUUAUUUCUAAAAUCAUGAUCUCUUAAUUAUUUAUUUCGUGAUAUAACAUAAGCAACCAAAAAUAAGAUAUAGUUAUAUUGCAUUAUAUAUAUUAUAUUUAAGAUGACUUUCAAGUGUGAAGAAAGUUACAAUCAGAUUUGCAAAUGUAGAAAAAAGGAAAUAUGUAUUAACAAACCAUAGCUCUUAUGAUGUACAAUGAUUUCAACUGUGAUUCUAUUUCUUAUUGUGCCAAAUUCUUAAUAUACAUACAUAUAUAAAAAUAUAUAUGUAUACAUACAUAUAUAAUUGUAUGUCUGUACAAAAAAGUAUAUGCAUUCACUUAUACGUGUAUGCGUAUAUACAUACAUAAUAAGAUUAUAACUAUACAAAACAUAAAAAAAAAUAACAAUGAAUUAUUUAUUUCUUCACGUAAUAGUCAAAUGUUUUUGAAACAGAAAAAAUCAAUAGAUUUGAAGGAAAGGUAUUUUACAUAAACCCAAUAUAUAUAUGUAUAUAUACAUAUAUAUACUUAUAUAUACACAUAUAUAAGUGUUUGAAUCUUAUUAACCACGUGACCUGAUAUAUUCGAUUUAUAAUAUUUUGUAAAUUAGAAUAGUAAAUGUGUCUAUGUCUAUAUAUGUUAUAAUAUCUAUAUAAAAAUCUAUAUAUAUAUAUACAUCCAUAUAUAUAUACAUACAUAUAUAUAUAUAUAUAUAUAUAUAAAGCAUCUUCAGUAUAAUUGUGCCUGUUAAUUGUUAAAUAAUUAUAAAAAAAUGUACUAUGGAGAUGCAUGAUGAUUUACAAUUGAAAUAAAUGAUAACGAAAUUAAGUAAAUAAUAGAACAGAUGGAAUUGUACAAGUAUACAACUAUCAGGCACCAAUAUGAUCUACUCUGUACAUUCUGUGAUAAUUUUAUGUAAUUUAUAAAAAAAAAUAAAGCAGAUGCGUUCUAAAA